CGGCAUCCAAAAUGAAAAAAAAAGUCAGAGGUUGUCUGUGCAACUUCAACUUCUUGGCCCUAGCAGCACGGCGUUAUGGCAGAUCCCAGUUCAGCUCCUCAACACCCAAUCCAAGGAAACAAAUUAAACAAAUAAGUGAUCAAAAAAAAGAAAAAAAAAAACUAAUUGUAUUCAAGCUGAUCUGCUCUCAUGCUCAUGGCUUCCCAUCUCUAUGGCCGAUAACUAUGGCCAUCACACUGUUUUAAACGUCUUUUUUGUUUCGACACUGCCCAUAUUAUAUUUAAUGUAAUAUAAUGUAUACAUAUUAUUAUUGUUAAUUCCCAAUUCCCCUCUUUCACUUUCACUUCCUCAAUUACCUUUUUAAAAAGUCUAAAAUUAAAAAAAAAUAUAUUUAUAUGUAUCGAUCUGAAUCUCUACAUCUGCUCAAAUAACAUAUAUGCAGUACACACCUCUUCACUCACACAACACUGAUCUCUGGCCUCUACUGUAACCCCUUACCCAUUACUGAAUCAUGAAACUUUGAUAUUCUAAAACGAAGAUCACAGCAUCAACAUAUAGUUUGUGUAUAAACAGUGAUAGUGUACAAGUAGUUUUUGAGAUAAGAUGGACAAGUAUGAGGUGGUCAAAGAUUUGGGAACCGGCAAUUUUGGGGUGGCCAGACUUCUCAGGCACAAGGAGACCAAGGAGCUUGUUGCCAUGAAAUAUAUUGAGAGAGGCCAGAAGAUAGAUGAGAAUGUGGCUAGAGAGAUUAUCAAUCACAGAUCUCUUAGACACCCCAAUAUUAUCCGGUUCAAGGAGGUGGUUCUGACUCCAACACAUUUAGCAAUUGUGAUGGAGUAUGCAGCAGGUGGUGAGCUCUUUGAACGGAUUUGCAGUGCCCGUAGAUUCAGUGAAGAUGAGGCUAGGUAUUUUUUUCAGCAGUUGAUCUCAGGUGUUAAUUACUGUCAUUCUAUGCAAAUAUGCCAUAGAGAUUUGAAAUUAGAAAAUACACUUUUAGAUGGAAGUCCUGCACCUCGCUUGAAAAUCUGUGAUUUUGGUUACUCUAAGUCAUCUCUGUUGCAUUCAAGACCCAAAUCGACAGUUGGAACUCCAGCAUAUAUAGCACCCGAAGUUUUAUCCCGGCAAGAAUACGAUGGAAAGUUGGCAGAUGUGUGGUCCUGUGGGGUUACCCUCUAUGUUAUGCUGGUGGGAGCAUACCCUUUUGAAGACCAAGAGGACCCAAGGAAUUUUCGAAAAACAAUUCAGAGAAUAAUGGCUGUUCAAUACAAGAUUCCAGACUAUGUUCAUGUAUCUCAAGAUUGCAGAAACCUACUCUCAUGCAUAUUUGUUGCAAAUCCAUCUAGGAGAAUCACACUUAAGGAAAUAAAAAAUCAUCCUUGGUUUUUGAAGAACUUGCCCAGAGAACUAACAGACGCAGCACAAGCUUCUUAUUACCAGAGGGAUAACCCUACAUUUUCUCUUCAAAGUGUGGAUGAGAUAAUGAAUAUUGUGGAAGAGGCAAAAAGUCCACCUCCAUCAUCCAUGCCGGUCAAGGGCUUUGGCUGGGGACAAGAUGAUGAUGAAGAGGAAGACAUCGAUGCAGAAGAUGAUGAAGAAGAUGAAUAUGAUAAACGGGUGAAGGAAGUCCAUGCAAGCGGAGAGUAUCAAAUCCAUUAAGCAAUGUAAUAUUUAUCCAACAGUUGUGUAAUCAAAGUCUUAGCUUUAUGACUUCAAGAUAGUUUAUUUGAUAGCUACCCGAUAACUUUUGUUUCAUUGCUAAAAAUUGAUCGUUCCAAACUAUAAAUUCUCAAACUUUAGCACUAUGGUACGAAUGUAAUUUUAUCAGGAUUCACUAUGGAUUGCAGGGGAAUGGGGAUUGAAAUCGUGUUGUUAUUAGAAAAUUGGAAAAAGUGUCUUAAAGAUGGAUUGCAAGAAUAUGAAUGGUGAGUGGCGGAGGACGGGAGUUUAGCUUAGACGAGUGAGAAUGCAGUUUAUUCAUUUUGAUUUGUUUAUACAUUUAUUUCAGUGUAUGUGGCUCCUUGUAUGUUUUGAUUUGCAAGGGUUCCUUUCUUUGUUAAAUGAUAAUCUAAUGCCGAUGGUGAUGUGCCUGGACGACGGCUGAAUUAUAUAGCAUAUCUUUUGUUUCGGUUUCCAUUUUUUUUUUGGUUUUGUAAGGUUAACUACUUAUGUCUCAAUUAAUUGUAUACAUUGGAUGA